CGGAAACGUCGGUGACUGAUAAUUUUCUUGUUCCGUUGUAGUCCAUGACAACUUGUGAAUGUUUUUCAAUGUGCAGCGUCCACGACCAACAUGCUCUACCUUCACACGAGAAGUGCCACCUUCGCACAGCGGAAACAUGUCGUUGGUCUCGUGUUCUUCCUUGCUGUCGUUUCGUUGUGCCGCAGAGGUACUCUGCCGGUUACUUCGGGCCUGAAAUUUGAGUCUCGCUUUGACAGCAGAUCUGGUGGAAGCAGCGGCUCCUCCUCUAGGUCUCCCAUCUUCACAGGAGCCGUUGGUGGAAGCGAUGUUGGUGCGAGAGCCACUGGGUUUCGUUUCGGCAGCGCGGUAUUCGGACACGGAGCUAGUACUUCCUCUUCGCCGGGAAGAAAGAUUCGCCGCACACCUCGUCGGCCAAUUCGGAGCUACGAGUUUCGUUUCUAUUUUGCGCUGCGCAUGCAGUUGAUGUAUGAUGGUGGAGACCAAGUUUGCGGAGUGGCAGCAGGCCGAGAUCGAGAUGAUCAGAAAACUCGGUAUGCUGAUGCCGGUUCCCAGGUUCUUGCUUCUCGGACAGACAACAGCAACGUAAAGAAAAACCGCAUUGAGUGCGCCGUUUGUUUACAGCAGAUUGACGGCAGAGCCUGCCUCAUGCGAUGCGGACAUGCCUUCUGUCUUGAGUGUAGCGAACAUUUGGAAAGCCUUGGAGGAGAACAGGUUCACGCCAGGAAGUGUCCGCUUUGCCGCAAAGGUGACUCCACCGAGCUUCCGAGCACCCGUUUUCUGACAAAUUGCAUGGAGGCGAUCUACUCAGCAGGAGAGAUGACGGCAGCAGGGGGAGCAGGAGCGGCAAGCGUGGUGGCAGGAGGUACAACUCCUCGCGAUCUUUUUGGCGCAUGUGCCCAGCGAAGUGAUGCUCGUGCUGGUAGUACCCUGGCGUCCUGUAGUUGCCGGCGAGAACUUUGCCCGCGCCAAGUGUGUGUGAACGAUCUGAACGAUUUGCGCAACGUCGACGCUUUUGUUUCAUUGUUCAUCGAGGGUGCAGCGGAGGAUGCCGCUGUCCUCGAUUCUGAGACACGUCGCCGAGCUUGGGAAACCGCCGUUAUUCCUUACAUGGAGAAGGAAAUCCAGCAAAGCCUACGGAAAGAAACAACAAUUUUGCAACGCACGAAAGCCGCGCAAAUGAAAAAUAGCGAGUCGGCGGAACAAGAGAAAAAAGUGAAGUCAAAGCUACGCCAGUGCUACGGGGCAGCGAGAGGUUGCAAGGAGCACGCUGCCAGGCAGAAAAAUGACUAUUGUGACGUUGCGCACACCUACCUUGAGAAUGCCGUAGCUUUAUGCUGUGGAUCCUGGGAGUGUUUGUGUCACUGUGCCCCUCCUGAGCUGGAAGUUGCUCAACUGCGUGUACAGGCGAACAACCAACGGUUGGAAGAGCGACGAGUCCGCAGGCGCGAGCGAAUUAGUAGAGCGACGCUGAUGCGAAUUGACGACAUACAACCGGCACACGACCCGGGCGUCGACCCGAAUAUCGGCAGUAGCAACAGUGAUAACAUCGAGCAGGAGCAAGCCGAAGGAGAGAACGCUUUCCAGCAAAAACAUGCACACGAAGCUGAAGGCCAACGAACAUCACCUGCGGUUAAUGCUCGUCUGGACCGCGAAGUAUUCGUGCGCACGCGCGCAGUCCAGGAUUUGGUGCGCGCUUUCGGCAGCUAUCACGCGUGUCGCUUUGCGGCGUUGGCGCUCGCAGAGGAAGCCAGAAAACACGACAAGAAAGCCAGAAAACAGGAAAAUCGACAUGGUGACGACGAAUGCUGCUGUUGUUGUUGUUGUAGCUGUUGCAUCAAUCCCGGCACAGCGGCUAAGUGGUGGGACAUGAGCACCAGCGGCUCGCGGUCAACCACGCUGCGACAAGAGCUGAAAAAGCCUCUGCUCCGACGCGAGCGCCACAUUGCUGUGGCUCCGAGGCAGCAACAGAUGGUCGGUGGUGGAGGGGCACCAGCUGCAGGUUCGUCGCCGUUGCCAAGUAGUCUUCACGUCCAAGAAGUAGAUCACGAUAGCGUUGUUCUGGACGAUGAAGCUGCACGACCAGGGCAGGGGCGAGCAGCGCCGUUCCUGCGAAAGCCAUUGACGGCGGAUUCCGACGAGGAUUCCGGACAGGAAGCGGACGCUGCUGCUCUAAAGCCUAAUUGGCGAAGCGACUCGUUGCUCCUACUGGCUGACGGCGAGGAGCCGAUGUGGAGUGCCGAGCUGGACGAAGAGCUAUGGAAAGCCAGGUGGUGGUGCAAUUGCAGCCGUCUCGCGUUCGCUCUUCUGUUUCUUGCCUGCGACGUGACUUACCUGUCGGCCAACACGGUAUGGUGUCUUGCCGGGCACUGCUUGUGCGACACGGAGGCAUCGUGCGAGGGUUUGUUCUGCUGCUGGCUGUGUCCCUGUGUCAGGACUUUAAUGCUUGAGGGCACCGCGGAAACCGGGCCGCCUCCAUGUUGCCCCAGUUGGGAGGGGCCCGGCGAGGAUGUGACUGAAGCAUGGUGCUGCCCGCCCACUUUUCACUGGGCUCUAAAUUGUUGUUGCGACCACGCCACGCGGAUUCCCCGGGUCAUUGCGGAGGAGUGCUGUGCGACCAAGGAUGCCAUUUUGAGCCUUUGCCCGCGGUCACUGGUGAGGCGCUGCAGGAGAGGAUCCUCGACUGACGGGAAGACAGGCAGCCACGUCGGCCCCACAAGCUCAUCCAUGCAACGCUGUGCCAGCAUUUUGCUUCGGUUACUCCGGGACCCUGCACUGUUCCCGAACGAAGAAGAGUUGGCAAGAACAGACAAAUCCAAAUCGUCCUUCCCGCGUGCACCCUCGAUGGCACUGCGAAGAGAGAUUACCAAGCAAUGCCCGCUACUUCGGAUGGCCGUCGCGAACCCGAAGUGCCUAACGCUGCUGCGUGAUCUGCAGUUGGCGAUCUUGCUGGCAGACCAGGAAGAGCAUCAAACUGCAUCGGCAGGCGAUGGCGCCACGGAAAAUACCGUACGCGACGGCGAGGAACACGACGUGCCACUGGUUGCAACAAGUGAGGACGGUUCAUACCGAUAUCCGCAAGGUCAUUUUUUUUGCUGGGACACUGGGCAAGACCGAGACUCGGACUCCCGUAGUUCGAGCCGGGCCGCCUCGGCUUCCUCUGAUCUUCAAGACGUCGCAGAAGAUUCCGGACGGGAGGAGUAGAGCAAGAGGCCUUUCGCAGCUGCUCUGCGGCUGCAGCUGUGUUGUCAACCUCGGACUUUCGCGAAGAAAAUGUAGUUCUAAGCACUUGGCUCUGCUAGCACAUGGGAGGGUAAGCUGUGCGAUUAGUCUUGGCAUGCGGCUUGGACAUGGGUCGCCUUGACGAUUGGUGCUAGUCCUGUUGAUGAAGUCUCUCUGUACAAAAGCAAAACCACUGUAAAAAAAAUGAAAAACAAAAGUAGAAAGUAUCGCAUGAACAUAGCUCUCGUUCCCAAUAAUUCCAAUGGAUUUAUUUUUAUCGAUUUCAAUAAUUUUGGUUUCUGCUCCUGUUUCGAUAUGAUGAGAUUUGGUUUCCUUGCGCACGCAGGCCGCAUUUGGAAUGGAAAGAAAGAACAAAAGGACUGCGAAACAUCAAGACACAACAGUCUGAAGCAACGCAAAGGAAGAUGUAAAUCUAAAUGUAAUGUUAAGAAAAUGAAGACAAACCCAUGUAUAAACAGAUGAUGUAAUUCCAAUCCUACUAAACUAUGACCGCCUCCGCCAGCAAGACUACGCUGCAAGUGCAUUGACAUUGAGUCUCCCUUAGAGUCUUGUAGACCACGUGCAAUCUCAUUCCUGCUUUAUUUGUUUCCAUGUCGCUUUUUUGGUAGG